AUGGAUGGUCAACGGCAACAGUACAUACCAGCGCCGCCGCCUCACAUCUCACAGUCUAGUGCAGCGACGCAUAUGAUGCCAUUCCCUCCACCCCCCCCUCGCAUGCCCCACUCAGGACACGGUCUUGUCCCUCCACCUCCUCCCGGUCCCCCACCAGGUACAACCUAUACAGUACAGCCGGGAUGGCAACAAGGAUGGGCGAGGCAUCAAGCAAUGGCUCAACAAUUUCCCCCGCCCCCUCCCCCUUUACUUUCUUCCAACCAAUCUCAAAACCCCUAUUUAGCGUACAGUGCUACACGUUCUCGCCAUCAGCCGGCCCCUUUAUCCAUUCCUUCUCGAUCAAUAGGUAGUGAGACACACCCUCUCACAUCCGCGACGUAUAUUCCAGGGGGCGAAUCGUUUGGCCCUGGAGUUGGGAUUCCUCCGCUCUUCACCCACGAUCCACAAGAGGCGUAUGGGCGUCCAGAGCAAUACGGAUAUCCUAUUGAGACGGAAAGCGCAAGGCACGUUUCUAAUCCAACAUAUCAUGAUGGAACUCUACAGAGUACUGCAGGGAAUCGGUCACAUCAAUUAAACCUUCCGUUGCGCGACCACCAGGAUCCCCUUUCUCCAGGGCCACCAACCGCCACUUUACAUAACCCGCAACGCGACAAUUCUGGCCAGACAAAAAAUGAAUAUUCAGUCGGCGGCAUGACGGUCCAGGAAGCCGAUGAAAGAUGGCCUCUCGAUCGUGUACUACUGUGGCUUGCACAAAAUGGAUUUUCCAACGAUUGGCAGGAGACCUUUCGGGCGUUAGACCUGUACGGCGCUAGUUUCGUGGAACUGGGCAAUCGUUCAGAUGGUAGAAGCCACCUAAGUAAGAUGCACAAAGUGGUAUAUCCUCAGCUUGCCAAGGAAUGCAUAAAGAGCGGCACUGGGUGGGAUAAGACAAGGGAACGAGAGGAGGGAAAGAGGAUGCGGAAUUUAAUUAAGAAAAUUGCUGAUCAAGGAAGUUCGGAAUCUGCGAGCCUGGGUACUAGAUACUAUGACAGUCAAAUGCUACCCAGUGCAUCCACGGACGAUGGGUUAGAAAAUUCGCCUAAUUUAGGACGGGAUUCAUUCCCAAGCUACAGUUCUGGAACCGCUGAAAGCAGCCCAGGUCAGCAAUAUGCAGCUAGAGCAACACCCAAUUCGGCUCAAAAACAGUACUCUGGCCAACGUCCUGAAUUACCGAUUCAGGACUCUCGUUCGGACUUUUCUCGAAGCGUUUUUGGAAUGCUGGAUGGGCGGCGAGGGCAUAGCCCCUCUGCGUCAAGCGACAAUGGCAUACCGCUGACUUCAGAAGAUAAUCCUCAGAGCGGAAGUCCUGCACAACAUUUUGUCACGAUGGCGCACCAAGAAUAUGUCCCAUUCUCCGGAGAAGCCAAUGGAAGAUGUGAUAAGCGCCAUAGUUCUGACUCCAUGAUGAGCCGAGGUUUCUCAUCCCAAGGCUUCCUUGGUGGCCAAGGAGCUUGUAGACAAAAUGAUCCCAAGAAAAAUGGGCAAGGACCAUCACCACAAGAACAAGGAACACGCCAAGGACUGGGUGAAUCAUUGCCUAAGGAACACGGCAAAGGAUUUUUUCAUAAAUUGAAAUGGAAGAAGGGCACCGAUUCGAUGCAUCCAUCUCCAGAGGAAAUAUAUGCAGAUUCGCCUACGAGUCCAGUGGGCACACGUAACCCACCGCCAACUUCUGUGUUUAUGAAACCAGGGUUCAAUGGCAGCGAUAUGUCCUUGAAUCUAACGGAUGUGGAUGCUGCGGACACACUACGAGCUACCAUUUGUAAUAGCCUAGGGAUCAAAGACCCUGGAAGUGCUUUGAUCUAUCUUACGGAACCUGGUCAAAUCACCCACGAGGAGCCGCUUAGUGAUACGAUGUUGGUCGUGAAUCGCAGGACAAAAUCAGAUGCCCAAGGCACUUUGAAAUUUUUCGUUCACCUCGCUAAUCUAUCUGCGGCGUCUGCACCGGUGACCCAGCCAACUGGUUUGGGUCUUUCUUUGGCUGAGCGCAUCCGUUUAUCUCGGAAUAUGGCGGACGAUGAGGCUCGGCACUAUAUGGGAGCUACAUCGCCCUCUCAUAGAUCCCAGCCGGGGAUGAAGCUUAAUACUACCAAAUCCUUCCCUUAUGACCAGUUCCAAUCUCAAUCUCGACCUUCAUUUGGUGAUAAAGGCCAGGCUAGCGAGAUAGAUAUGGAAGGUAGAGAAGCAUCAAUAUUAUCAGCGCAUGAAGAAUACCGACGAGAAGCCGAACGAAAGCAGAAAAUUUAUCUACAAUCAAGACAAGAAAAUCAGCAGUAUAAAGAUUCGCCUAAGGUGUCUAUAAGGCGUGAUGGUGUAAUAGAUUUUGAUUCCCCUCGACUUUCUCCAUAUGAAGAUAAAAAAACAGAUAACCUAGUUCCAUUACGAAAACCCCCAUCGGCACCGUCGGAGUCGAGCACGCUUUCUAAGGUCAAUUCUUUGAGCAGAAAACCUGGCGACCGCCCUAUCAGAGGUCAUGAUAGCACUGAUCGUGCGAAGCGCAGCUCUGCUGAACAGAUAUCUGAAGAACGUGGAGAAAAACCGUGGACAUCAACUGCCAGUACAGCCUCACCUGGAUUAAGUGAUGGGCUUGGAGCAGCCUUGGCCGGAAUUGGAAAAGUCUCUAGUGCUAUUGGGAAACCUUUCGCCAGCCAAGCUGCCGCCUCUGGCCGCUCCCCACUCUCUGCAUCUGAGCCUGUUUCCGGAAAGGGUCGUUCAAUGCAGUCUGUCGAUUUCAACAGUGGUGAUGGGCGCCGAACCACUCCUUCAUCUUCCCCCAAAGUACCCUUUUUCAGCCGUGGAAAGGGCAAUACCACUUUUACAGUGCCUCAGUAUGAUGCGGAAGGGCGUACGAAACAUCCUGAAGACAUGAAGAAGCCUCUACCUGCCACAGGCCUUGAUGGUUCUUCUUCCGUUAGUCCGGCGAAAGUCAACACUCAUUCGGCAGAGAAGAGGAAGUCAAUUGGUCCGGAUUUCGAUUUCCAGGAAACCGAAGUGUCUUUCGCGAAAGCCCAAGCGCCUGAAGAUGAUUCGGAUGAGGAUUCGGAUGAGGGUCUAUUUGCGAUACCAUUAGCUAGUGCGAAGGGCGGGGCGCAGUCAAAGACAGUUAAAGCACCGACGAACAACCGCGGAGGUAGCCAAGGUCGGUCUACAAAACCUGCUCUCACUGUCAAUACCGGUUCGCGAGGAACCAAAGGGAUGUCUGUAAGCUUCAAAUCUCCGAGUCCUGGAGAAACAUCCAAUACGCCGUCCACUCGAAGCACAGUCAACGAACAAGGUGUGGAGAAUGAAGGGUUCAACCCUGAGAAUGGCUCGUCAGAUUCACCAGAGGCCUCUUGGUUCAACCGUCGCGAAUCAUUUGUCCGAGAUGACAUCUGGGCAAGUAGGCCUCCUGUGGAGGGUAUGAUAGAACAUUUAGAUGACUACUUCCCCGAUGUCGAUCUUGAUGAACCGUAUGUGGAAGGCAGCGUGAUGUCACCGCCGAUGUCGCCGACUCGCCCUGGACCUACCAUCGGCUCAGAGCCUGACAAUCAGGCGUUGCGAAGCACAGCUACGCACAGCACCCUCGAUUCUAUAAUGGCUCAGGAUAGCACAGACACCCUGGGUUCAGAUGAGUCCACCUUGAAGGCAAAGAGCACAAUUAAUAGCGUUGCACAACGGAAUAUUACUCGAUCCCAAGGUGGUGGACUAACCCGCAUGAAAUCGAUUCGUGAAGUUGCAAAGGGUGCCCACCAAAUUCAUAGAAACCAAAGCAUAACUGCUUCCAAUGCUAAAUCAGGCGCACUUCUUCGACGCAAGAGUACCAAGAUGUUUGGUGCGAAGAUUCUGCAGGUCAAACCUGGAAGUCGACUGAGCGAGCAUCCAGUUCCGCUCCCACCCCACUCGGGAUCUCAAAAUAAGCUGCCUCAGAGACAAGCCACUUUCCGUAUCAUUCGAGGUCAACUUAUCGGCAAAGGAACGUAUGGUAGGGUCUAUCUUGGUAUCAAUGCAGAUAACGGAGAGAUCUUGGCAGUAAAACAAGUUGAAGUGAGCCAAAAAGCUGCCGGUUAUGACAAAGAUAAAAUGAAAGAGAUGGUUUCUGCACUCAAUCAAGAAAUAGAUACUAUGCAGCAUCUCGAACACCCUAAUAUUGUUCAGUAUCUUGGAUGCGAGCGCGGCGAGUUGUCGAUUUCCAUCUAUCUCGAAUAUAUCCCGGGUGGAUCUAUCGGGAGUUGUCUUCGCAAGCACGGCAAGUUCGAAGAAAGUGUCGUCAAGUCUCUCACGCGCCAGGUCUUGAGCGGGCUGGCAUACCUUCAUGACCAAGGCAUUCUUCAUCGAGACCUUAAAGCCGACAAUAUCCUUCUCGACCUCGACGGCACCUGCAAAAUUUCCGACUUCGGCAUAUCAAAGAAAACAGACAAUAUUUAUGGGAAUGACGUUACUAAUUCGAUGCAAGGCUCGGUAUUCUGGAUGGCGCCAGAAGUUGUACAAUCACAAGGUCAAGGCUAUAGUGCAAAGGUGGACAUUUGGUCGCUUGGCUGUGUCGUCCUGGAGAUGUUCGCGGGCCGGCGGCCUUGGAGUAAAGAAGAGGCGAUCGGAGCUAUUUUCAAGCUUGGAAGUUUGAACCAGGCCCCUCCAAUCCCUGACGAUGUGUCUAUGGAAAUCACACCGGAAGCACUUGCUUUCAUGUAUGAUUGCUUCACUAUUGACACUUUCGAACGCCCGACUGCGGAAACUUUGCUCUUCCAACAUCCUUUCUGCAAGGCUGACCCGCAUUACAACUUCCUGGAUACCGAGCUGCAUGCGAAGAUUCGACAUGUUCUCUAG